CAGUUCACCUCGCUUCGACGCGUGAUAUUGUGUGAGCCCACAGUUUCGUCAAUUUCGGGACAAGAAUUGGCCGUUUCUUAGCGAAAACAGUUUCUGCAGACGUCAUGUAUUGGUUUAAAACCACCACGCGUUUAGCUUUCGGACUCUAAACUUGCAAGUCAAAGCCGGGAGAGGCUGGCUCAGCGAAUGCGCUCGGCGUUGUCACUGGCGACCAAGCCGUGCGGCUGUACAGCCGCCCCGUCGCUGUGCAUAAGCGCAGGUUUAUCAUGGAAUUGGAGACCAAGUCGCAGACUGUGGCAGCGACAAUCCGGCACUUGCACCAAAAGAGGCAGGGCGGGCCCCGUGGGGAACCGCUUGGGAACGCUGGGAGGGCUACACCCGGCUCGAGCAGGCAUCCUAGCAGCGGCAGCAGCAGCCACGGUGGUGCCUGCAGCGUCAAUGGCGACCGCUGCCGCUGCUGCUGCUGCUGCAUCUAGCGCGCCGGCGGCCGCUGAGACGGCUGCGCUGGGCGCGCUCACUGAGGCCGGGCGGGAGGUUUUGCUGCAGGUGGUACUGCCGCUGCUGUUCGUAUGGCUGCUGCAGCAGUGGCUGGAGCGCUUGGAGGAGCGCACGCUGCAGGAGAUGCACGCGGCACAGGCCGUGAGCGCCGAAGCCGACGCCACCGUGGCGGCGGCUGAGGCUGCGGUGCCCAAUACAGGCGUCUCUGACACCGCAGCCGCUGCUGCCAGGGCUGCCGCUGCCGCCGCCUCCCAUCGCCACGCCCGCAUGCCGCGGCGCACCUCCCUCAUGCGGCGGCUUUUCUCGGGGCUCCCCUCCGCACCCAGUCGCCUCGCACUCAUCGCGCUGACGGUGACGCACGUGGCCCGCAGCCUGGCGGAGAUUAACAAGCGGCUGGCGGAGCGUGGCGUGGCGGAGGGCUGGCUGGGCAGUCCCACACUGGCCAGCUAUGUGCUGGGAAGUGGCCGGGGCGCAGACGUGGUGGAGGCGAUGCGCAAAGCCAUGGCAACGCUGGACCAUGGACUGAUGACACUCUACAAGGUGCUGCUGGUGGGAGUCUGCACGUGGGUGGUGGUGAGCUGGAAGGACGUGGUGCUCAGCCGCUUCCUGCUGCGCCGGAGCCAACACCACGCGGGAGAGGACCUGGAGCGCAUCCUCACGCCCCUUAACACGGUGGCCUCCUGGGCUCUGGUGGUGUGCGCGGUUUUGCUGGUGGUGUCGAUGGUGGGCGUGGACGUGCGGCCGCUGCUGGUGCUGACGGGCGGCGGCGGGGUGGUGGCGGGCCUGGCCUCGCAGCAGCUGCUGUCCAACGCCGUCAGCGGCCUGCAGAUGUACAUGGACCGGCCGUUCAGGGUGGGAGACACCAUCGCGGUCAAUGCGGGUGGCGGCGCGGUGGAGGGCGAGGUGGUGGACCUAUCAGCCCUACGGACGCACGUGCUGACUUCGGACGGCUGCAUUGUGGCCAUCCCCAACCGGGCUCUGAGCGACAUGGUCAUCACCAACAGGUCCCAGAGCAGCCGAGGCGGCGUGCGGCCGCCCUGGAUGGAGACGCGCACGCCGCUGUCCGUCACGCUGCGCAUCCGGCUGCGGCCCGCCACCUACGACCGCAUGUGGGCCAAGAUGGACGACCUAAAGACCGCCAUCAUCAACACGGGCGCGGUGGAGGCGCUGGGCAAGUCGGCCCCCACCCUGGAGGUGCAGAGCUUCACCGAGCGCGGCGUGAUGGUGCAGGCGCGGGUGACGCUGCGCAACCCGUACAAGGGCCCGGCCAUGGCUUCAUCGCUGCCGGCCAUGUCGGCGGUGCCGGCGGCGCCCGCAGCCACCGCCGCCUCCCUCCCCGCCACCGCUACGCUCCCCAACACAUCCACCAUCGUCAUCUCCUCCAGCCCGGCGGCAGCGGCGGUGAACGUCCUCGGAGACGCAGACUGGGUUUCCUUCACCACGCAGGACAGCCCUUCUGGCGAUCCACCCAUGCCUUCCCACACGGCCGCUUCGCCCUCGAGCAGCAGCAACGGCACCGAUGCAGCGGCUGCUGGGGGCACGACAUCGAGCGCUGCCGCUGCAGCUGCGGUGGCUGGUGCCCCAAACAACGGCGUGCAUGCGCCACCGCCCCUGCAACACUAUCCACCGCCCGCCGCGCCGUCCAACUACUUCUGGCCGCCUAGCGAUGCCAACAACACCUCAUCGGCAUGCUGCGCAGCCGCCAUCUCUGACAGCGCGACUGCGGCUGACAGCAGCAGUGCCCUCGCGGCCGCGGCGGCACCGGCAGCUGCGGUGACAGCUGCGGCAGUUCCUGCUGCCGCAGGCGGCGGUGUCGACUCGGCGGGCAGCAGUGGAGGUGGAGGUGGAGGCGGUGACAGCAGUGGUGGCCAGAGCUCCGGGAAGUCAUUUGCGUCGCGGCGUCAGCAGCAGGGUGCUGCGCAGCCGGCAUCGCCGCAACAGCUGCAGCAGGAGGAGGGUGUCAGCCGGGAGACGGUGAGGCUCAUGCGCCAGCAGCUGCUGCUGAACCUGGGCCCUUGGAUCCAAGCCCACAACGCCACGUUGACGGUGGGCGACUGAUGAAGUGAUGAGUAUAUUUGAAGGUGGCUGAAUGAAAGAAGCUAGGCGCGCGUGAGCCAUGGAGGGACAUGCAUGCGCGGCGGUGGCGUGGGACACUGAUUCGCGCGCGGUGUGGGGCUGAGUGGACCUCACAGUGGUCACUGCUGGCUGCUGCAGAUGUGGCCAUCAGGCGUUGAAUUGCUGAUUCUUGAUACGAGCUGCGCAAUGUAUGGGAUGUAUGGCAAGGCAGGGUGGCGAGGCCUGGGAGCACGGGGCCCUGGGAGCACUGCCUAACAAGUAGAAAUUUGCGCCAGGCCCAGGCUAUUCAUCACGCAUCGGUCCCGAAACCCGGUGUUAUCUCUAUAUGUAUUGCGGGCACACUGAGCAUUGCGACGGCGUGACCAUAAUCUCGUGCAACAUAUGAAGGCGCGGCACGGGAAGGGCAGUGGGACGGGAAUGGUGUGUUGCCGAAUGGCGUUUUGGGCACGUGACUGGACGUGAAUAAGGACGUGAGGGUGCCUCGUAAAAGGAUUGGCUGGCAGCAAUAGCUUGAUGGCGUGCCGUACGGUAGAGAUGUAAAGUGUUGCUAUAUGCAGUGGGACUUGGUAGUGGCUGUUGCGUGUGUGAUUUGGGGGAUGGGUUGUAUCCGGCAUAUCUUUUCGAACAUGCCGCGGGUUAUAAUGGAAAUAUACGAUCUGGGCCGGGACGGAGGACGAGGUCGCGGACGACAAGGAUGAGGACAAGGAGGGCGAAGAUGAGGGGGACGAGGAUGUUGGAGGAGUGCAAAUGUCUGGGCAGCCUGGGCAGCCCGGGCAGCGGCGGCCGUAUGACUGGGUGGCUGUGGCCCGGUAGGGAUACCGGGUGCAGUUUGAGGGCUGGAUGCGCGCGGCAUUGAGGCGGAGAUGGCCCGCUACCCCCAUCCAGGAGAUUAUUCGGAGGACUUGUGGGGCUUGGCGCAGCCCCCGUCGGACUAGCGCAGGCUUACGUACGACUGGGACGGACUAGCUAAUGCAGGCGUACGACGAGGACAGGUGGGCAGCGUGCAUGGACGUGGGCGAGGCUGUUGGGCCUGUGGACGUUGGCGGAGUCAUGGUAAGGCAUCCACGCACUGCAGGGCAGGGCAGAGCGUGAGGGUGGAGGCUGAGAGAUAAGCUACCGGUAGAGACAACUUGGGGGUGCCCUUACUCGUGCGUGUGAAUUGAUCAGGUACCUGGCAAAGCGAGUUAGCGAAAGGCGUGGUGUGAGAGACUGUAGGGUGUGAGAGACAGUAGGGCGGCGGGCUUUCAUAGCAACGGAGAGACACCUUUGCACUUUUGAGCCUGCGCACUGCGGUGCCCGCAUCUCUCUGCAC